AUAAGUACUACUCUCGGUCAAGCAACUCCUACUGCCGUUCAACCAAGCCCUAGUGCUAUCGCUCCUAACCCAAUUGCUACCGCUCCUAGCCCAAUUGCCACUGCUCCUAGCCCAAUUGCUACAGGUGACAUUACCACAUGCUCUACUUGUGAUAAAGUAAAAGCUGCUUGUGGUUCAAAGUUUAGUCUUCCUCAAGUAUACUCUCAAGGCACUUAUAUCGCUACAGGCAUUGUCAUUAUCGUCAGAAGACAUCGCAAAUCGAGAAAAAUCGGUGACUUCCCUAAUAUAUCAAAACCCACAAAAACAAAAUCUUUAGAUAUACUUGACAAUUACAAUCGUAAAACAAGAUAUUCUAAUCGUAGUAAUCGUAGUGUUGAUCAAUUCAAAGAAAAUGAU